UAGAGGGGUGUGCAAAAAUAUUGAAAUAUCGAUAUAUCGUAUCGUUUAAUGUGAUGACACAGUAUCGAUAUUGUGGGCUGCUCUAUCGAUAUAUCACCAAGAGUAUUUUUGGUUUAUUUUACUAAAUGAUUUUGUUACAGCUACAGUUUCGUUGUUUGUUUAGUGGAAGGAAACUCGUUUGACAUUUUCGCUGUUUUGAGGAUUAAAAUGUUUGUGUUUCAUAUGAACUUUGCACAAGAAGUGGUUUAACAAAGAUUUUCCAUGAUUUAGCCUUUAUUUUUUACUGAACCGUAUCGAAUCGAAAGCGCACUGUAUCGAGGUUUGUCUCAUAUCAGUGACUUCUUAACAACACUCGGCCUCAGUCAACAGGGAAACGUGGCUCUUGCCCCGUCUGGGAGUAUGACAUCAUCACAUUCUAGAACCUGAAAACCUCCCAGUUCCAUCAGGUUCACGGCGCCGAUGACAUCAUACAUGUAAAGUUCCAUAAAGCCUUGUUACCAUGGCAACUCCGGAACUCAAAGCUAAACUUCAAAGCUUUGUGGGCUUUAACUCAAAGCUUUGUUUGGCCUCGGGGAGAUUAUAAGAGUAGGCAAAUCGCAAAUCACAAAUCGAAAAUCACAUAUCGCUUAACGGAAAAAGCACAUUUAGCUGAGCUUGACACAGAGCAAAUCGUACAAAGAUUUCAAACAGUAGACUUCACAGAGGAGACUUUACAGAGUAGAUUUCACAGAGUAGGUCGCACUUUUUAUCUGCGUAACAACACUCAGAAGCAGCUUGUUUGAAGAAAAGGUGGCCCAGCCGAUCAGAGCCGCACCAGUUGUCGCGGCCAAUCAGAAAACAGUAAAAGCAGCAUAUAAGGCAAGAAAGAUGUCAGCAACAGAGAUCCCAUCAAAAAACAAGAUGAUAAAAACAAAAGUGUCUUUAAAUCCCAAAAUAGUCUUGAAGGAUGAAGAGAAAGUUACAAAGAUGACCCCAACAACUUACUCACAAGAAAUGUUACAAUCAACUGAGGAGCGCUUGGCCAACACCAUGAAGAUGACAAACACAUCUUUUCAUAAAGCACUUUUGCGACCAUAUCCAGAGAAGCUUGUUUUCCAAAACUUCACCCCAGGAGAGACAUACAAGUUGCCUCUGCAGUUUUUUAAUAGAGACAAGGUCUCGAGAUAUGUUAAGGUGGAGCUACAGGAGUCAGAGUACUUCCAUGUAGUUGGCCCAGAGGAUACGAGUGGCAAAGUUGCACCUGGAUUGUCUGCAAGUUAUACAGUUUUAUUCACUCCACAGGACAACAAGGACUAUCAACAUCUUCUGGUCUGUGUGACUGAGAGGGAGCGCUUCAGGAUCCCAGUUGUUGCCAUUGGGCCCCGUGCCAUCCUUGACUUUCGAGAUCACUUCCUUUUACCUGUCUGCCCCGUGAAAGCAACUACAGAAAAAACUCAUCUUGUGCGCAACAUUGGAAACAGCAAAGCCAACUUCAAGCUACACACCAAAGACCCUUUCUCUGUGACACCUUCCUCUGGGAGUUUGGCUGUUGGGGAAAGCGUGCAAGUGACUGUAACAUUUAGCCCCAUGAGUGUCGGUGACCACAGACAGGACCUACUGCUCUAUUAUCACACUGGUGAAGUUGUUUAUAUCAGUUUGUUUGGAACUUGUGAAGAAUUGAUCAUCCAUCUUGAGACUGACCUGGUUCAGCUGGACAAGACUUACAUAUCUUUGUCCAGUGUUCAGACAGCAUCCCUCAAGAACACCAGCGACAUCCCACUGCGGUACUUUUGGACUACACAGCGCAGCCACAGUGAGCAGGAGAAGGACAGGGGCACCCUGCUCCACCCAAGGGAACAGGAGGAGGGCUUUCAGACUGAGUUCAACCCUGCAGCCAUCCAUCGCUCUGGGCCUCUGUCCACCACAGCACCAGACCCUGCUGACCUUUCAAAUGAAGGUGCCAUUAUUCUGGAACCAAUGGCGGGUGAAAUAUGGCCAAAUGUUACAAGGAAGUUCAACAUCAUCUUCAGACCAACAGCAGCCACUCUUUACCAGCAGACCCUGUACUGUGAUAUUACAGGUUGUGAGUCUCCUUUAUGCCUAACAAUAAAAGGUGAAGGCCUGGGACCAAAGCUCAAACCCAGUUUCAAUGUGUUGGACAUGGAAAAUAUAUGUAUUGGUGACAAAGAUUGGUAUGAGGUGACAUUAACCAACAAAGGCUUAAUUGAUGCCCCUUUCAAGAUGUCCAGCCCCAACACCACUUUUGGACAGUUUUUUUCCUUUAGUCCAGUUGAAGAUGUUGUUCCUCCUGGGGCCUGUCAGACAGUUAAAGUCACCUUCUCCAGUUCAGUUCUUGGAAAAUUUUCUGAGGAUUUACUCCUUACAGUGAAAGGACAGCCUUAUCCUCAAAUCUUGAAUUUCAGGGGUUGUGUCACUGGUCCAACCUUUGACUUUGAUGUGACCGAACUAAAUUUUGGAGAUGUAGUAUUUGGGUUUCCUCAAAGUACUAUUUGCACACUUUUUAACAGAUCAUUUGUGCCAAUGACAUUUUCCCUGCGCGUGCUGGGGGAUGGAUUAGGCCCUCCCAGUGUGUCUUGUGUCCAACAGGUGAAUGACAGAUCCAGAAGCCAGUGGCAGGGCUGUACUGCUAAAGACCGUCAUGUGAGGCCCAAAGAAUUCACUGUCAGUCCUGAGGCCGACUGUGUUUUGGCCAUGUCACAAGUCCCCAUAAAGGUGACGCUAUGCUCCAAUACAAUCAAACAAUAUAAGAUGGCUUUGGCUGUAGACGUGGAGGGUGUUGGGAAGAAGAUCAGGACUUUACCACUUUAUGCAAGGUGUGUUGUGCCUAACCUUGCGGUAGACACUCCACUUCUGGACUACAAAAGUUGUUUCCUCAAUCUCCCUUAUAAACAGGAAAUACAUUUAGUUAACACAAGUUCUCUUCCUGCCUGUUAUGGUGUUUUAGAACAGGAGCUGGAAGAGAAUCCAUCAAUAUAUUUUGAGAGUCUCAUACCCAGAGGUGUCAUUUUACCCAACAGCUCAGAGGAUAUUCCUGUAUGUGUCACUGCAAAGGCUGUGGGAAAAUUGCAUUGCAAUAUGCGUAUCGCUGUGUUUGGCAGUACCCAGCUACCUCUGGAUGUUGUGUUGUCCUGUACUGGGCAAGGACCAAUUGUUUGUGUUCAAAGUACACAUCUUGACUUUGGCAGAAUCCCAGUAUUGAAAGACAUCUCAAAAUCAUUGCACCUUCUAAACCAGUCACCAAUUCCAGCACAUUUCUCUGUAUGCAUGAGGCAGAGAAAGUCCUUUUGGCAUGUGGAGCCCAAAGAGGGGAAGGUGCCAGCCCAGGGCCGGCUGGAGCUCCAGGUCGUGGCUCAUCUGAAGGACACGCUUCACUUUGAAGACCAAAUGGAAGUGUCUGUCCAGGACGGUGGCUUGCUCACUGUCUCAGUGUGUGGAAGAGGCACUGGCACCACUAUUGUCAGUGACAAGGCGUUUGCCCCAAGCCUCGAUCUCGGGACACACAUUAGUCAUGGGUUAUACCAGUACCACUUCAAGCUGACGAACCUUGGUUUAAGGACCCACCGUAUGUAUUGGCGGACCGAUGGCUUUUUGAAUAAAACUCAGAGGGUGAAUAAACUUGGGAGUCAAACAUCACUUCCCCCCAUCUAUCCUCCUAAAAAAAAGAACCUCCUCCCCAAGCGGGGGUCCUCAAGGUCUUCGAGGGCCUCUCUCCCGGAGAGGCCAGUGUUUAGCCUAAACCCUGCUCGUGUGGAACUCUUCCCUGGUCAUUCAGUGGACAUGGUUUUAACAGGAUCGUGUAAUAUUCCCAAGGUAGUGCAUGAACGUCUAGUGUGCCACAGUGUUGUGGGUAACGCUGGCUCCUGUGACAGCAUCAUGACUGUAGAUGUCACUUGCUGCUUUGUGGCCCCUAUGCUCAGUAUUUCUCCCAAGAAGUUACAUUUCAACUUAAAAAAGGUCCCAGGAAAGAGCAUCGUACCACAAUAUAAAAAGCUGCUACUGAAGAAUGUUUCCAGUCUCACUUUAUUUAUAGAUCUUCAAACUGUUGAGCCAUUCUCCCUGUGUCAUGUAGAGGGUUCCCAGGGCUCUGCCACUAUGAAGAUGAUGGCUCUAGAUGAGGGAAAUCACACGGAGCUGUGGGUAUGCCUUAAUCCUAGCUUUUGUGAGGAUCGGGUGUCACGAGUGCUUCAUGAGUUCCUUGAGAUAAAUUACCAAGGACAUCCCCAGCAGGAUGUUGUAGAGCUGCAUGGAGAGAUCCACUUCCCCAAUCUGCUCCUUUCAAGCACAUCAGUGGAUUUUGGUUGUGUGCUUAACUCCACUGAAACUCAGAGAGAAAUCACAAUAACCAACUGCUCACCUCUGCCUGUGGCGUACCAUUGGACAUUUCUGGAUCAAAAGCCCAGUGACCCUAGAGAGGUGGAGGAGCUGAGUCUUUCACUGGAGGAUAUAAAAAAGCAUCCGAAUGAAGACAGCGAGAACACUCUUUCUUCUGCCUCAUUGCUCCAAUGUAAUCCUGUAUCUACAGACAAUGAGCAAAGAAGUAUUUACUGCCCAGUCAAGGUGGAGGAGAUGUUUGAUGUGCUGCCAAUUUAUGGUCAUCUGCAACCUGGAGAGCAGCAGGUGACCUCCUUCUCUUUCUAUGGCCAUAAUAAUGUGAGCAGAGAAGUGGUCGCCCAGUGCCACGUGGAGGAUGGGCCUGUGUAUGGAGUCACACUUAAAGGGGAAGCCUCACAAGUCUCCUUCUGUCUUGACUACACCUGUGUCAAUUUUGGCCAAAAGCUGUUUGAUCAUGUUGGAGAAGCUGAAAUAAUACUGAAGAAUACUGGAAAAAUGAGUUUUAAUUUCAAGAUUUGGAGUGUUGAUCAAAAUGAGAACAACGUUUAUGAUCCUUCUGAAAAAAAACUGGAUAUUCAUUCAAGUCAUAAAAACAUAAAACAAAGUGAUGAAGACAUUGAAGUAAUACCUGGUCAGCCACUGGUUCUCCCCUCUGAGGGGUACGUUGAAGCUGGCACAGCAACAUUCCUGCGUGUACUGUACCUCCCCGGGGUCCCUGAGAAGUUUGAAAAGAGACUUCAGCUGCAGGUAGCCUAUUUGCUACCGCAGCAGAUCACUGUGAUUGGAGAGGGAGUUUUUCCACGGGUCAUUCUGAAUUUGCCGCGGAACCUUUCACAAGACAGUUACAGCAAUCUGAUGGAGCAAGCUAAAGAGACUUUGAAAACUAAUGGACACUUUGAGGGAUUUACCACUGAGAACAGCACCGAGGAUGCAACAGAAGCCAGCUAUACCCCAACAAAUGAGGAACUGCUUCAAAUGGAAAUGGAAAGGAUCCUAGUUAAAGAAAAUGCUCUAUCUGUGACUGGCAGCUUCCUGGAGUUUAAAGAACAGCGAGGGCUCUUGAGAAGGUGGAGCAGACUCACCAAGUGCCUGCUUCCAGAGUAUAAUUUGGAUUUUGGCUCAGUCAUCCUUGGCAGAACACCUAGUCAAACUGUGCAUAUCAGCAACAAUGGAUCAGUGACUGUCUCAUUAACUGCUAAUCACAAGGUUUUGGUUGGCACAGGUUUUAGUAUUGACUUUGAAAAAGUCAAGAACCUGCCCUGUGGAGAGACACAUGUCUUUACUGUUAUGUUUGACCCUCAAGAAGCUAAACUUCCCCUGGGAAGUGUGGGUGUUGUCCUGCCAAUACAGGUAAAGGGUGGUCCCACUGUCCAGGUGCAUCUAUGUGCUGUGGUAACUAAGCCAGGCAUCACAGUUUCAACAGAAAAACUUGAGUUUGAGACUAUCCCAUGUGGCAUGUGCCAGAUGAAGACAGUACAGCUCUUCAAUCAUGAGUCGGUGCCCUGUCAAUGGAGCAUAGCUGAGGAGGUGAAGCUGAAGAAGGUAAAUAAAUUCCUUCCUUUCUACAAACGAAAGCAGCUACCUCCUCCAGUGGUGUAUGAGAUGCUUCCCAACUCUGGGUUGCUGUCUCCUGGUGAAAGGGUCAAUGUUCAGGUCACGUUCACUCCAUUAGCAGAGGAGGUUUACAGCAAAAACCUUGUGGUCAGUGUGGCUGAAAGCUACCAGAAAGUGUUGAUCACAGCACAGGGUGAGGGUGAAGAGGCACGACUGGACUUCUGCCCACCUGUGCUGCAACUCAGACCUUGUCUGCCUUUUAGCACCGACGUGGAGGCUGAGGUCACAGUCAAAAAUUCACGUUCCUUUCCCAUUGAGUUUUACUGUCUGGAACUCGACACACAAUACCUUGAAGAAGAAAGGAUAUUGCGUUCAGUGCAGGGUUAUGAUGAGAACAACAGAUUGCUGCUCCCUCCAAGGAUCCCCGGAGAAGGACUUCCUCAUGAACUGCUAGAAUUCUACCAGCACUAUAACACAACAGAGAAUGCAGACAAUGUCCCAAAAUGUGAUAUACAGAUGAGGCAACAAGAAACCUUUGAAAAUAAAAGACCUCCUACAGCCCUGGAGCAAGCUGAAUUCUUGCUUUCAGAAAUUAACAGAGAGGGCUUACGUAAAGAACUAGGCCAACUGCUCUUGGACCCAGUCUCCAGAGCCAUUGCCCGUCACAUGGGUAUUGACCUGUCUCCAGACAGUCUGGCUGCACUCAACCGCAGGGGCAUCGCCAUUAUUGUGUAUGGAGCCCCAAAGACAGGUAUAAAUGGCACAGCAAUGUCUCUGGCCCAGUACUAUGGAGGGACAUUAGUAAGUAUUGAUGCUGUGGUGACUGAGGCACUGUUAGAAGGGACUUCACGAGCUGCCAUCACUGCCAGACAGCUCUUUGAUCAGGCUGCUGCAGAGUAUGCAAAAACUGUGGGAGAACCAUUGCCUGAAGUCAUGGAAAAGACUGCAAGCUCUUCUUCCAAUGGAGAACCAACUGACACUGAAGCUACCCAAAUCGCUCUUUCCUUGGGAGGGGACAUGGCAUCACUCAAAACUCUUCUACCUGAACCUGUGCUAAUUGGUAUCUUAACUGAAAGAUUUCAAUCAAGUGACUGUCAUCGUGGCAUAGUGGUCAGCGGAUUGAAGUCUGCUUUUGCUGCAACAGUCACACAUACACUGCAAGCUGUCCUCAAAGCCCUCAACAACAGGAAACACAUCUAUGUUGUGAACAUGUUUGAUUCCUAUUUUGCAUUGCAGAGCAGAGAGAAAGCACAAAAAGAUGCUAAGGAAGCCCUGCAGCAGGAGAUGGCUGAAAAUGAAAAACAGUGGCUGCAAGAGUUGGAUGAGGAUGAGUAUGAGGCUUUACCAGAGGAGAAGAAACGCAUUAUUGAGCAACACAGACAGAGGCUCACAAAAGAACAAAUGAAACUACCCAAAGAACAAGAGCGGCAGCGGCAGCAGGAGGACCUGAAACAGCUUAAAGAGGAGGAGCUGAAGAAACAUAACAAAAAAGCCCCAAAGAAGGACAUCCAGAAGGAGACCCCCAAAAAGAAGUUUCUUGAAGUGAAAGUGUCCAAUGAAAAACUGACUCAGAAGAACCCUAGAGAGAGUGAAGCCAGUGACCUAAACAUUUCAAGAGAAGGCCAAAACAACUCACUUAGCAAAGAGGAUAAUGAUUGUCAAAUAGAAGAAGCAAAGGCAUUAGGAACUGAAACUCCUGCAAAUACUGAAAACCUGGACAGACAUAAGUCUGAGGUGAAUGAGUUGCAGACUGAGUUCCUUGCAUAUGAGCAAAGUCAGGUGCAGGUGGAGCACAUUCUGCAGCACUGGGACCGUGUCCAGGGAGUCCUGCUGGUGCCAGUCCCUGGAGAAGACAUGCCAGGUUCCGAAGAGAUAACAACUGAAAAAAUAAGCCCAGUUGGAAAAGGCAAGGGGAAGAAAGCCAAUUACAAAGGUCCAAAAUACAGUCACACUGAAACUGUUGAAGACAAGUUGAGUCCAGUUGAUGUCAUCCCACACCUUGUUAUAAAUCUGAUGGAAAAAGAAGGCAUUUUAACAGAGCUUCUCAGACAUGCUCUGCCUUCAGUAGAAGAGGUCUUGAAUGAACUGGGCUUAGGGCCAAGUGGUCCACCUCUCCCCCCUCCUGCUACAUUUUCUCUGGUUCCAUUUCCCAAAAACAGAACUUUGAGUCAAUUAAACAACAAGUGCUUCACAUUCCUUGUUCCCUCUGACCAAGAUGAGCAAAAUGAUGAGCGAAAAGAUGAGGAGGAGGAUUUACCAACUGCAUUAAAGCCUAAGGCACCAACUAAAGGGUGGGGCAAAAGCGCCAUCAAGGAGACCAGUUCACCAAAAGACAAAGACAAAAAGACCAAAGAGACGCAAGAGGGCAACGGAAAAAACUCAGCAAAAACAAAACCCGCAGCGUCAUCUCUCACCUCACUGAGCAAUGAAGACCAGCACCAGCUGAAUGUUGAGCUGAAACGCAACCAAAGUCUGACUAAGUUCCGCUGGACUGUACCUGCUAAUGGAGAAAUCAUCUUGAGGAUCUGGUUCUAUUCAGAAAGCCCAGGGAUUUUUGAACAGAAGUUUAACUUUGAAAUGACGGGCACUCAAACUCAGUGGCAGCUUCUCUGUAAAGGAAUUUGUUCAUAUCCUUCCAUCAGCAAAGACUAUAAGACUCUUUUUGUGUACAGUAAAAAGACACAAUAUGAAGAAACCGAUGUCCACAAAACAUAUAUUAUUAAUCCUGGGUACUUUGAAUUUGGACCUUUGAUCUGUAGCAAAACAAGAGACGGAUACAAAGAAAGCAAGUAUCCAGAUAAUACAGAAAAGCUUCUCAUCCAUAACACAUCAGGAAUAGAAGCUGAAAUUCAGUUCAGCUUCCAAAAUGACACCCAGGCAACUACGUAUCUGUUAGAACCUCCAGCUAUGACUCUGAAACCAAAUGAGAAGCAGGAAUUGAUGAUAUGGGCCUAUCCAACUAAAGUGGGACAAAUAAAGGAUAGCAUUGUGUGCCAUAUUAAAGAUAAUCCUGAACCUGUACUUAUCAACGUUUCUUGUUGGGGAGUUCGGCCAGAGUUAGAGCUUGAUACCAAAAGCUUGCCCUUUGACAAGACUGUAAUACACAGACGUGUCAGCCGCACUGUGAACCUGCACAACAAGACAGCUGUCCCUGUGUCUUGGAAGUUGCAGGGGAUAGAUGACCUGGGGGAUUUAUUCAGUGUGCCACAAGAUCAGGGCAUUGUUCCACCUCGGUCAACUUUUCCUUUAACUUUGCACUUUAGAGCCAAAAAGCCGUUACACAUUAAGAAGACCCUUCGCAUAGAGGUUUCAGAUGUGGAGAAAAUUUUGGGCAUUAUUCAUACUGAGAAUAUUUCAGUCUCAGCUGAGGCCUAUGAUGUAUCAAUAAAUAUAGAACCGGGUUGUUUGGAUUUUGGAACUAUUAAAGUCUUUGAUGAAGCCAAGCCAACUCUCAGGAUACGAAAUCACGGGAAAUAUGAAAUAGCUUAUAAGUUUACACUCGAGAAGACCCACCCAAAUCAACCAAAUCUAGAUUCCCUUUUCAGCAUUUCACCUCAAAGUGGUAAAGUUAUGCCUCAUGACAAGUCAGCAACUGUCCAGAUAAUCUGUAAGCCUAAGACUGAACUCUGCAUCAGAGAGCAACCCAUACUUCUCUGUCAGGUUAUUGAGCCUAAUAUUGGAGAAAAAGGGGAAACCAUCGUCACUUUAGUAACCAAGGUUUCAGUUCAAGCAGUCUUCUCCAGGUUCAAAAUCUCACCAGCCUGUGACAUUAACUUUGGUCCCCUGGUGUUUGGGAGCAAGAAAACCCAGUGUUUUCUUUUUGAGAACAUUGGAGUGUUUGAGACACGCUUUUCAAUCCACCGCAAAAUCAUAAGUUCCCUUGAGCGGUCAGGGUUCAAUCCUGUUCCUGGUGGCAAAGUGAAACCUGAGGGUAUACAAAAAGACAUGAGCACAGUACAGACCCGGCUGACGAUAGGGGUGUUCUCCGUAUACCCCUGCACUGCCGUGGUGUUGCCAGGCUGUCAGCAGGUGGUCACUGUUGAAUGUAGUGGAGAUCAGCUGGGCAUCUGUGAUCAGGAUUUAGCCAUAGAUAUAUAUGACCGUGAUCCCUCGGACCAUCCUGAUGGCAUACCAUACAGACUACUGGCUGAAGUAUACAAGACAGGCAUUUUAUUGGAACCAAGCUCUAUCUUUGAAGAGCACUUUUUGUGUCAAAACAGCCAUCAGCUAUCUUCCGAGCAGUUUGCCAAUGCUAAGAGCCUUUAUGUCACGGAAGAAAACAAGUUCAUUUUCAACAAAGUUUUAGUGGGACAAACUGCAAGUGCUCGCUUCAAACUUACAAAUAAUACCAAAGUCCCUUGCAGUCUCAACGUUGCUAUUAGAUAUAUUGGUCCAAAGAUGGAGAAGAUGCCACUUCAUGAGGAGAUCUUUCAUUUAUCUCCUUCAACUCUGUCUAUACCUAGUCAGUCACACUGUUUUGCUGAGGUCACCUUCACUCCGCUUGUGAUGACGACAUACCAUGCGGUGCUUGAGGCCUCAAUGGAUGGAGCCACACAGAGGAACAGAAUGACGCCCACAAAUAAAAGCAAGGUGCUGGAGUUUGAUAUUCUCGGUGAAGGGACUCUGCCUCGUGUGUGUGUGGUUCAUCCUCCCCUUAAGAACAGCUCUGGUGACCCACUGCUGCAGUUUAGACGUUCUUUCGGACAAAGAAAAACACGAUCAUUUGUGCUGCUAAAUGAUGGAAAUGCCCCAGCUCAAGUUCAAAUUGAUAUGCCUGACAAAGAUGGAGUGUUUACCCUCAGUACAGCGCCAGGCAACAACUGCAGUUCCAUUGGCACUGUAGUACUUAAGAACAACUCUGACCCAGAGCCCCAGUCUGCGUACAGAGCCAUCACCCAACUAAAUGUUCAGGAGAAAGCUGAGUUUGAAGUCAGCUUUUGUUCCAAAAAGGUCCAAAAAUGUCAUACCGAGGUGUACUUAGAUGACACCCAAUACAACAACAUCACAAUAUUUGUUGCUGGAGAGGCCUACCAAGAAAUUGUCUCACUGGAGAACAUCAAACAACCUUUAAUUGAAACAGAUCACAUUGUCGAUGGAAAUUAUGAAAUUCUGGAUUUUGGUGAGUGCUAUGUAGAUGUGACAAACCAAGAAAGCUUUACUAUGGUCAACCACAGCAAAGACAAAGUGCUGCGGUUUGAAUGGCCUCCUGCGGGGCCCCAAGUCAGUUUUUCUCCACAGGUUGGCCAUCUUCACCCUGGAUGCUCAAAAGAUGUGGUUGUCUCAUUUCACACCAGUCAGCCCUUCAGUCUGAAAAGUAAACCAAUGAAAUGUAAAGUGACUCAGGUGGUGUUCGAGGAGCCUCUGGAGCAAGUGUUGGACUGGGAUGACCGGCAAAAGACACUUCACUCCACGAGUGCUGAUAAACCAAACGAUAAAGCAGCCUCUGCCGCAUCGUCGCCACAACCUGCCAACAAGAAGGGAAUAAAGACAGAUCCCGAGCCCAGCUGCUCUGUGGUAGAUGGCUGGCAUUUGGACCUAGAAUUGCGCAUCAAUGCAAUUUGUGACUAUGCCAAGUUUAGCUGUAGCGCUACCACUAUAAACUUUGAAGACACUAUGCUUUAUCAGACCAGCCUUCAAAAAUUGCAACUAUCUAAUGAGGGCAAUGUGAGCCUGGCAUUUUCAUGGAAAGUUCAAAUGGAUCAUGACAAAACAGGUUCAGUGACAUGAUAAUCUAAAUUUCAAACCUCUCGUCCGAACUCUGGGUCCUCAAAUGUUGUGACGCGUCCUUCCAGUGCAGCUGACAGUAUGGUGUCCUUUCUAAGCAUUAACCCAGAGCUGGUCCCCUUCACUGUGGAGCCCUGCAUAGGGACUAUUAAGCCCAGAGCUACACAAGAGUUUAACAUCCGCUUUUCUCCCUUGGAAGUGUCGCAAUUUGAAGGCAUGCUUAAAUGCAGUAUCCCUAACUUGCAGAAAAAGGACCAGCCUCCCUCUGUUUCAGUGUGCGGUCUCAGCAUGAUGCCAAAUUGCCACUUUGACCUUGAAGACUCAGACUACAUCAGUGGAAGACGUCGUAAUUCUGAGUUUAGAAGUCCCUUAGACCCUAAGACAAGAGUUGUUGAGUUCGUUGCUGUUGGUUUAUCUGCGUCAUCUACAAAGCGUUUCUUUGUGUUAAACCCAACAAACAAACCAUACUCAUUUAAGUGGAGAUGUGAGGAUUCCAGUGGGUGCUCAUUUCGAUGUUUGACUCCAAGUGGUAUUCUUGAGCCCAAGGAGAAAGCAGAGGUUCACUUGGAGUAUGUGUCUGAGCAGAUGGAUGUGGUGGAAUCAUCAUGGAGCUUUGUGAUUGACACUCUGUCAGUGUCUGUUCCAUUUCUGUUUGUGGGAACCACAAGAGCACCACUUAUCUAUCUUGAUAAAGCUCUGAUCAACUUUGGAGAUUUACUUGUUGGAAAUAAGGCUGAGCAAACAGUACAUUUAGUAAACGGAGAGGAAGAGCCUUUUCACUUCUCAGUGUUGCAGCCAUCUCUUCUGUGUGAAGAUCAGCUCUCCAGCCUCGUCAUGCAGCCCAUGAGUGGCUCACUGGGACCAAAAGAAAGGUGUCCACUGUCUGUAUCGUUUGCACCCAAUCGCCAAGGCUAUAUGAGCUUCAGGGUGUUUCUGAAGGUGAAAAGGAUGCUAGAGCCACUUGCCCUAACUGUUAAAGCUGACUGUUUUUCCAUGGGCAUGCUGGUUCUAGUAGAAAACCCAAAUGGUGGUUUGAGAGAGCUCAGACCUGACCACAUUGAGAGCAUCGACUUUGAAAGGGUUGGGAUUUCAGAACAAUCUUCUUUCCGCUUCCUGGUUUCCAGCCUUGCAAAAUGUGAGCUGGACAUCACCUUUGACACAGCAGGCCCCAGUAACCUGCUGCAGUAUUUAAGAGCUGAGCCAAAGCACGCAACUGUGGAGGUCGACAAGCAGCUGCAAUUAUCACUUUUCUUUUGUCCUCUGAGUAUCUGUAACCUUCAAGAUGUUAAACUGAGUAUCAAGGUGAAAAAUGGAGCAACUUUUAAUUUAGACGUUAAAGGCAAAGGCACAGCGCCAAGCUUUGACUUUUCUUUCACUAAACACAAUUUUGGAAAGUGCUUCGUACAAAGUCCAGCGAUGCUUUCUCCCACACAAACUCUAGUAAUCAGAAAUAAAGACAAAAGGGACAUCAGUGUCCAAUGCCAGUUUGCGAACACAUCUUAUCUGGAGCUUGCCUUCCAACCCACAAUUCUGGCUGCAGGUGCAGACUUGAAAAUUCCCAUCACAUUUUCUCCUCAAGAGGCGCGCCGUUACCAGGAAAACCUGGACUUUAUCCUCAACAGCUGUGUCACCAAACAAGUGGAGAUUCUGGGGCAGGGUAUAGAGAUCAAGCUGGAAGUAAAGGAUCCAAAACACAGAAAAAUCAACUUUGGAUCACUAACACUUGGAAAAAAAGUGAAAAAACGUGUUGUUUUGGUGAACCGCAGCUGUGUCAACCUCUCUUUUUCUCUUCAUCUCAACUGUAACACUCCACUUGACCCAAAGGAUUUGUCAGUAUUGCCGACUGGACAGCUGAACCUUAAAGCUGGUGAAUCAUGCUCUGCAGAGAUCCAGUUCGCUCCUCAACAACAUGUACCAAAGUUUACUGUGGAGCUGCAGGCGGAAACACUGGGCCUGUUACACCCCCUACUGUCCAUUCGAGGGUCCUGCCAGGGAGUAGAGGUUCACUUGGAUCAAAACCACAUUGCAUUUGGAGCUAUAGUCCAGCAUUGUAAAACCAGCAGAAAGAUUGUCAUGAUAAACACUGGUGAUAUUGGUGGGAAGUUUUUCUGGAAAAUGGAGAAAUUUCCUCCUUCAUUGUCCAUUUCUCCUAAGAAAGGUUCUAUUGGUCCAAACAUGGAAGUUCCCUUUGAACUUGUCUUUGCCCCUGUGCAUCUCAGCAGUGACAGCAGGUUUGAGAAUCUGCCUUGUGUUGUGGAGGGUCGCAGCGCACCCUUAACCCUUACUGUCACUGGCUCCUGUGUAAUGGCCUCUAGCAAAGAGGUGGUAAAUUUUGUUUGCCCAGUGCGUAGCUCACACACCCAGAGCCUGUCUGUGCAGAACCCCACAAACCUGAGCUGUACCAUCAGACCCGUGAUCGAGGGAGAGCAGUGGACAUGUGCACCAGUUAUAGUGCUGGAACCUCUUCAGCAUAAGAUGUUUGUCACAUACAGCCCUCUUACUAUGACCAUUGAGGGGAACAAGCACCUGGGUUCAGUGUUUUUCUCCUUCCCGGAUGGGACAGGCCUGCUCUACUCUCUUCAGGGUACAGCUGAGGCUCCUAAGGCUGAGGACACUAUUGUGCACGAGCUGCCAGCCAAAUGUCACCACACAGAGCUCCUCUCAGUGCACAACUGGCUUAUGAAACAACAACGAUUCCAUGUUCUGUUGGAGUUUAUUAAGCCAGAAAGGCCUGAUGCUACAGUCUCUUUUAGUGGCCUACAUUUCAUUGAUGUUCCUGCUUUGAGCAAUCGUGACUAUAAACUGUCCUUUUUCACCUACAAAACUGGUCAAUACAACACUAAGGUGACAUUUCGUAAUGACAUCUCAGGAGAAUAUCUGUUUUACCUGAUCACUUUCAAGGCCACAUCUUACCAGGUUCAGUCCACUAUAGAGCUGGUGACUACUGUCCGCCAGCCGGUCUCAGCCACAGUGCACAUAGAGAACCCCCUCCCCACGAAUGUCUAUCUCACUACUGAGUGCAAAAGCUCUGAGAUCAGUCUGCCAGUCCAGCACACUGUCCCGGGACACUCUAAAGAUCCUCUAAGCUUUGAAUACCUGCCCUUACAAGCUGGGAAGACUACAGCACGGCUAACUCUGAGCAAUAAUGAAUUAGGAUAUUUUUACUAUGAUUUGCUCCUUCAAGCUUUGCCUCCACCUUUGGAGAAAACUGUCCACUUUACUGCAUCUCUUGGUACCAGUCACUCCGUCAGUGUCAAGUUUACCAACUUUUCUCGCACCAGGGCUGAAUACUCUUGCAAGACGGAUUGCCCAGAUUUUCUUGUUGACAAGAGUGUGACUGCAGUGGCGGGAUUCCAGGCAGGCUCUGAGGCCAGUGUAGAUGUGGUCUUUGAGCCUCACCAGCUGGGAGAAGUGAGAGCUCAGCUGACUCUGUUCUCUGCUGCUGGAGGUGAAUACAUUUUUCCUCUGCAUGGAGUGUGCCAGUCCCCCAAAACACAAGGGCCAUUCAGCAUCAGUGCAGGACGGGUGUUGUCUAUACCUUUCAAAAAUGUGUUUUUGCAAAACACUGAGUUUUCUUAUCAGGUAAACAACCCAUUAUUUACUGUUAAAGGAGCAGAGACAAUAAACUCCAAGAGGACACAGAAUGUGAUGGUGUCCUUUGAGCUUCCUCCUAGAGGUGGUUCUGGGCCAUGGUUUGGCAGACUGACCAUUUCCAGUCGGCCCUCAGACCCCCACGCCAAGCCCUGCUCCUGGGUCUUCUAUCUGAAAGGAUACAGACCGGUUUCUUCAUAG